AUGGACGUUUUUCUAGAUGUUCUGGAUACCUUCGUCUUUGAUCGACUAUACGCUGCCAUCCUUCCAGAUACAACUCCAGCCCCCGAAUCUUCAGGGCUUCACAACAGACAUGUUCGGCUUUACGUUCCUCUCCAGCCGUCCCAAUGGGCAGAUUCGAGUCUCUGGAAACGAGACAACCUGCUCAGGCAGGGAAUAUCCCUUUUUCUGAUUAUAUGGGGAUUGGGGCUGUUCAUGUAUCUGAUAGGCAGCACUAUAAUGUACCACGCAUUCUUCGACAAGACACUGCUCCACCAUCCCAAAUAUCUCAAAGACCAAAUCAAGAUGGAGAUAAAACAAGGCUUGGUCGCAAUGCCCGUGAUGGCCAUCCUCACUGCACCGAUUUUCCUCGCAGAGGUUCAGGGGUGGACCAAGCUGUACGACUUCGCAGACGAGAGCCCAUUCGGCUUGUAUACUUGGCUGCAGUAUCCUUUAUUCAUCGCUUUCACGGACACCGGGAUAUACUGGAUCCAUCGAUGGCUGCAUCUACCUGCCGUUUACCGGCGGUUGCAUAAGCCACACCACAAAUGGAUUGUACCCACGCCUUUUGCCAGUUAUGCCUUUCAUCCGCUUGACGGCUGGAUGCAGAGUCUGCCUUAUCAUAUAUUCCCAUUCAUCUUUCCGCUGCAGAAAUGUGCAUACUUGGGCUUGUUCCUUUUUGUGACUCUCUGGACUGUUCUCAUUCAUGACGCCGAAUACCUUUCAGAAUCCAAAAUCGUCAACGGGCCGCCAUGCCAUACGAUGCACCAUCUAUAUUUCAACUACAACUAUGGCCAAUUCACGACUUUCUGGGAUCGUUUGAGUGGCACUUACCGAAAGCCCUAUGGCGAUGACUUGAUCGGGUUUCAGAAGAAAGCAGCUCGAGUCGCGGGCAAACAAGAUUGA